GCGUAUAGUUUCUGAUCAUGUAAUGACAGUUCCACUUUUUCAUCGGUCACUUAGUUUGGAAACAAGAUUCGUCUCAGGAUUAACGUCCACAUUUCAAUGAACUUAAACUGGUUUCUGUUGUUGAGAUUCAGCGUCUGAGCAUUUGGUUAAAAUCUAUCCAAGGUGUUCGCUUCUCGGUCUGUUUUGACAUUUGGUGCUAGUAAGACGAGGGAGAGGAAGAAUUUCGAGCUCGUUGGACGUGUGUAUAUCACUUGGAUACAGAGGAAGAAACUCUUAGUGUUUGUGUGAACAAUGAUGUGUAUAUAAACGAUAUAGCGACAGAGUUGGACCACACUAAGGGAUUGUGCAAUACAAACACCAAACGGUAUAACCCGACGUAAAUAUUGUUAUUUUAAGGAUAUUUUAUCAAAUCGAUUCAUCUUUUGAAAAUGAUGGACUGUGAGAUGGACAGAAAGCCUUUGCAUAUGACUAUGUUGACCAGUGUACCUGAUCUCGGUCCAAUGACAGAUUUGGAUGAUAAACACGAUAUGAAAGAUGAUCACCAUGAUCCGGACAGUGGCGAUGAGAGUCCGAGCACCACCACAUCCCCAGAUUCCCCGUGUGAGAAAACCAUGGGCAAGAAACCCGGUGUUGGAGUACGCCGAUCGGAAAAGCCACCGUAUUCAUAUAUAGCUUUGAUUGUAAUGGCCAUUCAAGCGAACCCAACUAGAAGAUGCACCCUGAGCGAAAUAUACCAAUAUCUUCAACAAAAGUUUCCAUUCUUCCGCGGUACUUACCAGGGCUGGAAGAAUUCAGUUCGCCAUAACCUGUCUUUAAACGAGUGCUUUAUAAAACUACCUAAAGGAAUUGGCCGGCCAGGUAAAGGUCACUAUUGGACCAUUGACCCUGCUGCAGAGUUCAUGUUCGAGGAGGGUUCAUUCAGACGUCGCCCAAGGGGGUUCCGAAGAAAGUGCCAAGCCAUGAAACCGUUCGGAAUGUUGAACGGAAUGAGUAUGAACAGUACGCCACCUAUGAUGGGUUCACAUUAUGACUUUUAUUCACAAAAUUCUGGCAUGCCACCUAUGAAUAUGUCCUGUAAUACCAACAGUAGUCAACCAUACGAAACAUCGAAUAUGACCAACAUGGCCAACAUGGCGAAUAUGAUUAUGCCCAAUUCAAUGACACAACAUAUGCCAAAUAGUUGUAAUUUUAAUAACCGCUAUGCACCGAGUUGUGCCAUGGCCAGUAUGUCGAGUGUAAAUACUGAUUAUUCGCACCUGACCACGCCUCAAAAUACCCCGACACAGAGUGUUUCCCAGUCCAUGUACGACAGAGACCAGCUUAAUGCCAUGGCUACGUCACAGUGGCAGUAUCAACGUUAUGUCAAGCAGCAGCCGCUCAGUCCGACAGGUAGCACUGGUUCCAUGCACAGUAUGUCACCCCCAUCCAACACCGAUACCCUCCCAUACGGCAGCAUGCCCCCGGCCUCCAGUACCGAUACAGUAGAUUUGACAUUAGCUGGUAUGAGAGUGCCUUCUUUACCAUCUCAGUUCAGCCAGCCCUCAAGUUGUGAGCGAAAGCCUUACUUCCCUUACAGUGCCAACCCCAUGGCACCAACAAUGCAUACAACGCCUUAUUAUGAAAAAUGUGCCAUGUGAUCAAUGUGACUAUUUUAAGUGUUAUAAUUUUAUUGAAUAUAUUGUAAAGAUCUCCACUAUUUAUUACGUCUUCUUGUGAUUUAAGCACAAGGUUUGAAAUUAGAGAGGGAAUAUGUGUGUUAAAGACGAGAUGGACAAAUCAGUGCUGUAAUCAAUUAGUGUGGAUAAUCGAUUAUCGAUUUUUAUCGUGAAAAAAAAUAAUGAAAAUGUGCCAAAGAUAAACUAUUAUGCAUUAUGCAAGUGCCUUUAAGAACAAAUAUUUAUUGACAACAUGCCGCAUAAGUAAUUAUUAGUUAUUUAGAAAUAAUAAUCUAAAUGAAUAUUUCAUAAUGUGCUUUAAGAUAAUUUUAUAAAAAAAAUAUUCAAGAGGGGCCUUGAUUUAUUAACAAAUUGUGUCUCUAAUUGGAGCAAGUUUUUCAUAUAAAAAUUAAUGAUAUUUAACAUUUUCGUGUUUGUAUAUCUAUAUUUUUCUAGGCAAACUAUAUAUACAUGUAUUGUUUCAGUUCCUAUAUAGAUAUAUAUUACACCACCGUCCAUAGAAUCUAGUUUAUUUUUGUUGUCAUGGUAAUACCAUAAUUAAUAUCCUUCACCAUUUUAUGUAAAUAUGUACAUAACACAAAAAAUAAAUUCACUUUUUUAUAA